AAGAUAGGGAGGGAGAGUUUGGAGAUGUCGAUAAUAUAUCGACGAAACUAGUGUAUAUUUUCGUGUUGUGAAUAGUGGUGUAUGCAUAACCUUUGAUGAAUUUUUCUUAUUAUCAUCGAUAAAAUAAAGCAGCUGAGAAUAUAAAUGAAAGCAUUCUCAUCAACAUGAGCCUGAAAGGAUUAUUAUUGUGUCGUGCCUUCCACACGACCACAAUUCAGAACGAAAUAAGAAAAUUAUCUCGAUUAAGAGUAGUCGACAACAGCGAAAUUGGAAAGCAAGCUAUGAUGGAAGGAAAGCCACCAAAAUGUAUCCAUAUUUAUAAUAAAAAAGGAGUUGGUUACAUUGGGGAUCGAGUUUUAGUUGCCAUAAAAGGUGAGAAGAAGAAAGGAAUUCUCGUGGGUCUGAAGCAGAAGCAGACUACAAAAGUCCCCAGGUUCGACUCCAACAACAUCGUUCUGAUAGAUGACAGUGGAACUCCCCUUGGUACUAGGAUUCACGUGCCCAUUCCCCACAUACUGAGAACAAUUUUGAAGGAGAAAACGCAUUCGAAGGGUGCGGAUUACACGAAAUUAAUUGCAAUAGCCUCACGAUUUGUAUAGAAUUAAUAAAUCCAUGUUAAGAGUAAUCGUAA